AUGUCUGUCGCUGGAAGUUCAAGGCUUCGCCAUACCGACUACAAGGUCGGCUGGGUCUGCAUCCUAGAAGUCGAACUCGUUGCCGCCAUCUCCAUGCUCGACAGAGAACACGGGCGCCUCCCAAGCCAGCCCAACGACCCCGUCGUAUACACCCUCGGCCAGAUCGGCGACCAUAAUAUUGUCAUCGCCUAUCCGCUCCGUGCCGGAAAUAGGCCCGCACAGAUUCUCAUUAACAAUAUGCGACGAUCGUUUCCCAGUGUUCAAAUCGCGCUCCUUGUUGGAAUCGGCGGUGGUGUCCCCUUUCCGCUGCGGACGGACGCAGGCGAUAUUCGUCUCGGCGAUGUCAUUGUUGGGAGAUCCAAUGACCAUUCGUCGGCAGUGGUGCAUUAUGACAGUUCUGAGAGGCUGAGUCCAGGUUCCAUCGCACCUCCUCCACCAGAGUUGCUGGAGGCUGCGGAGAUCGCCAUGCAACGGGCAGUGCAGUAUAACACCAUCAAGGCCAAUUAUGCCCGGGUUAGCAAGUCUCUCCCACGUCUGAAGGGAUUCGGAUACCCAGAGCCUGCAAACGACAAGCUUUACCAACCGCAGAAUCCCAACUUGAUCCUUCAACGGCCUCAGGAUCCUCGAGACCAGGGUGCUCAUCCAGUGAUCCACUGGGGGAAGAUUGCGUCUGGGGAUAAAGUGAUGAAGAACGCUCUGCACAGAGACCUGUUGGCGCAGCAGCAUGAGAUUGUAUGCUUUGAGAUGGAGGCGGCCGGGGUAACGACAAAACUGCCGUGCCUUGUAAUUCGGGGUGUCUCGGAUUAUUGCGAUUCGCAUAAGAACGAUAUGUGGCAGGGCUAUGCAGCCACCGUUGCAGCUGGGUUUGCGAGGGAGGUCUGUCUGUCCUAUCGGAGGUGA